AAGGUACGCCAUUCUAUAUUUUUUUCUUUCAAUUCGUUUUUGAAAACUAGGGUUUUCUUUGAUAUUUUUACCCUUUCCACAAUAAUUUCGCUCUCUUAAUCAAUGACUUUGGGGUUCAAGUUGGAUUUUUUGAUCAAAUUCUGCUAAACGAACCCUAGUAUUUGUCACGGAGAAACCCUCAACUCUUCUUGACGGAGAAACCUGCUUAUUUUACGCUUUUUUUCUUUUCUUCUUUGUUCUACCGAAGAAUAAUCUUGCUUCAGACCUGUUCUAGAAUAGACUGUUUCUUGAGUUGGUUUGAGUUUUUUUGCAUGUGAGGGAGAUUCUCUAGUCUAUGACUGUGUGGUGUUUGUUUUUCUAGUUUUUGUCUGAUGGACCUCAGAUCUGGCCUGGUUCCUUAAAGGGCUUAUGUUCUCUGACAUUACCCUCUUCGUUGAGUUUCAAGAUGGCACGUACUAAGCAAACUGCUCGUAAGUCCACUGGAGGCAAGGCUCCAAGGAAACAGCUUGCCACCAAGGCAGCCCGCAAGUCAGCCCCGACCACGGGAGGUGUGAAAAAGCCCCACAGAUACAGGCCUGGAACUGUUGCUCUUCGUGAAAUCCGUAAGUACCAAAAGAGUACUGAACUCCUCAUCAGGAAACUCCCAUUCCAGAGGCUUGUCCGUGAAAUUGCACAGGACUUCAAGACUGAUUUGCGGUUCCAGAGCCAUGCUGUUUUGGCUUUGCAAGAGGCAGCAGAAGCAUACCUUGUUGGUUUGUUUGAGGAUACCAAUCUGUGUGCCAUCCAUGCCAAACGUGUUACCAUAAUGCCCAAGGACAUUCAGCUAGCCAGGAGAAUCCGUGGUGAGAGAGCUUAAAAGCUCAAAUUUCCUGAAGGCCAGCUGUGAUUCUUCAUGAUUGGAUAGUGGAUGUGUUUGUAAUAGGAUUCUACUUUCUGUUUGUCCGUUCUUAUUUUGUAUGUCUGGUGGUUAGACUUAGGCUUGUCGUAGGGCACUUGAGUUGUGAAUGACUGGUUUGGUACAGUGGAAUAUUGGUAUUAAACUCUAAACAAUCUAAAUAUUGUUGCUAUGAUUGUUA